GUAUUUGCCUUGAACUAAAAUUUAAGAUGGCUUCAGGAAUGGACAUUGACGAUGAGGAAAUCGAUCUGCCCACUUCAAGCAGUGGAAAAGGCGAUAAAAAACGAUUUGAAGUGAAGAAGUGGAAUGCAGUGGCUCUUUGGGCUUGGGAUAUCGUCGUGGAUAACUGUGCUAUCUGCAGGAAUCAUAUAAUGGAUCUAUGUAUCGAGUGUCAGGCAAAUCAGGCGUCAGCAACGAGUGAGGAGUGCACUGUUGCUUGGGGUGUCUGUAAUCACGCAUUUCAUUUCCACUGCAUUUCUCGCUGGCUCAAGACUCGACAGGUGUGUCCACUGGACAAUCGUGAGUGGGAGUUUCAAAAGUAUGGACAUUAACCUGCUUUCAUCAACUAGAAAUAAUGUUGGAACUCGGUGGAGUAUCAAAAUUGGAAAAAUUAAAGACGAGAAAUUCACGAAAUUCACGAAAUCCUUCCAAGCAUAUUCAAGGAACCCUUCAGACUUUAAUCAAACACUCCUAUUUUCAACCGGUUAAAUUAUCUUUUCUAUUGUAUCAAUAAACCCCUCUAAAACCCACCAGCUUUGAGUGACUGUGGGGUUGUCACUGGAAUAGAUGUAAGUAAGACUCGAAUAAAUAAAAUAAAAGUUUAUUAAUCCAGAGAACCAA